AUGGACCCGCGCGUUGCUCAGCUGCUCUGUCACUGCCGCCAGCACCAGGUAGCGGCGCUUGGCGAAGGGCUGCAGGUGGGAGGAGAGAUGGCCAAGAGGAGGAGAGAGGGAAGGAGGAGAGAGGACGGGAGGAGAGGGGGCGGGAGGAGAGAGGGCGGGAGGAGGAGAGGGCGGGAGGAGGAGAGGGGGCAGGGAAGAGGAGAGAAGGCAGGGAUUAGAGGGGUAAUGGUUGCCUGCUCAGCUGCUCUGUCACUGCCGCCAGCACCCAGGGAUGGGCCAGCAUGCUUCUGGCCAUUCUGCUCCCCCGUUAUAGUCACUACCACCACUGCUGCUAUUGCUGCUCCCGCCGACGCCGCUGCUGCUGCUGCUGCUGUCGCUGUUGCUGCUGCUGCUGCUGCUGCUGCUGCUGCUGCUGCUGCUGCUGCUGCUGCUGCUGCUGCUGCUGCUGCUGCUGCUGCUGCUGCUGCUGCUGCUGCUGCUGCUGCUGCUGCUGCUGCUGCUGCUGCUGCUGCUGCUGCUGCUGCUGCUCCUAAGACUAUAGAUGUCUCCUAUACCACUGUUGUUCUGACCAAUCCUGUUUGUUGA